AUGUACACUAUUGGUAGCAGCGCACGGGCCGUCGCCUGGCACCUCGCCUCGGGACUCGUCGACCGUCCGCUCGCCUCCAGCGGCCCACCUCCUGCUGCAGAGCAGCGAUUUCGCCUCUCUCUCACCGGCAACCUAGACUCGUGGCCAUACGCACCCGAAGAUCCGACCUAUCUCCAAGAGAUCUCGCUCUGGGUCGACGCAUCCUCUUCCGAGCUCGUCAUCUGGGUCCUCUCCCUCCAACCCAAGACUGUUCUCUUCUUUGAUCUCGACUCGAACAAGUCGACCGGCUAUGCCUACCACGGCAUGCCCAUCGGCGCCGACCUCCGCGUCGAGGUCUUCUCCACCACCGCACUCGUCUCCACCUUUGACGCUACCUACCUCCGAUCCACCGGCGCACCCACCUCGUCUGCUGCCUUUCCGUCCACCGGCGAUGAGCUCCCCGUCGACUCGGACGACCUCCCCUCGGGCUCGGCCACCCUCGUCCUCCGCAUCCCGCUCGCCCUCCUCCAUGGCUACAUCCCGCCCGCCUCGCCGCGCGCUGCCCUCCCGCUCGCUCUCUACGCGGCAGCUCCGGCCUUUGACCUUGUCGCCACUCUGACCUUUGACACCCUCCCCACCCCGGGCUACGACGUCUCGUCGCCGAUGUACAUCUCGUUCGGGCCGGGCACAACUGCCCGCCUGCCUGCCUCGCCGCCGCCGCCGUCCCCGCUGCAACUCGGCGUCCCCGAGCUGCAGCUUUUCAACGAUGCCAGCUACGCCCUCGUUCUGCUGUGGGAGGACGCCGAUGGCAACCUCGCCCUUUACGACCCGCUCGCCGAGCCGUUGGUGGUCACCCUGCCCCGAGCUCAUGUCCGGACCGAAGUCACGCCGUUGGGGCCGACUUUGUUCCGCGUCUUUCUGAGCCUCCCGCCGGUCAUCCCCGCAGGAGCCUCACUCGUCGUCCUCCGCUCAGACGCCAACUACGUUCUCUCGCCGGCCGACCGCAGCCCGGGUAGCGUCGCCGUCAUCCUCUCGUCGGCGAUAGGUGAGGUUAAUGGCGAGCGAACGAUCGAGCACCUCGAUGAUGACCCAUUGCUUGCCCCCAUCACGCCGUACUACUACACCGCGUACAUUGUGACCGCGUCCGGCGAUUACGUCGCCUCCAACUACGUCGCUCGUGACCGGUCCAUCGGCUCGAUCGUUCGCGGCCCCAUCCCGGGCAUGUCGCCAGACUCAGACUACCUCGUCUUCUUCUCAGCCUGGACCGAAGACAACAUUCGGACCGCGGAAAAGUACGACCUCGUCAUCUGCCACCCAGGUGGUGGCUCGGCGCUCAUCACCGCCGCCCAGGUCCGCGACAUCCGUGAUGGGCCCGACAACAUCCUCGGCAACGCCGACGACACCAUUGUCAUCGGCUACAUCUCGGUCGGGGAAGACUACGGCGAGCGCGGCGAUGGAUCCGGGAUCAACAACCCGCGCAACACCUCGCUCCGCGCCGGCCUUAACACCGGCACCGGCCCGCUCACCUACGACUACACCACCGGCGAAGCGGUGUACACCAACAAUGGCUAUCCCUCGUUCUACGUCGACAUGGUCGGCUCGUACUCGGAUGCCGGUGGCUCGUUCAUCGACUUUAUCCCCGAUGGCAAGCCCGACCAGAACACCGAGUGGGGCGGGCUGUACGUCAACCCAGGCGAUCCGCUUUGGUUCACAUUUCUCAAGGAGGCCUCAUACGCCUCGGUCGGCACCGCCGGACUUGACUACAUCCUUGUCGAGCUCGGUAUGGACGGCCUCUUCCUCGACACGCUCGGCGUCUCGGCGCCGUGGUCGUUCUGGCAGCCACCGUCGACCAUCUCCGACUACUACUGGCUUCGCCACGGCGGGCUAGAUCUCAUCGCCCGCCUCGCCUACGAGUACCCGGAUGCGGUGCUCAUCGGUAACCGCCCGCUCCACUUUGCCUUUCCCGAGUUUGCCGGCUCGCGCUACGAUGACUUUCGUUCGUACCUCAAUGGCGUCUACUGGGAGUCGUGGGCCGCCGACAUGAACUUUUGGUGGUCCGAGGCCUCGGGCCGCGUCUUCAAUGACCAACUCGUUGCUGCCCAGGACAACGCCGAUGGCCGUGGUUUUACAACCCUCGUUCUUGACUACUGGGCCGUCAUGUUUGCCGCCCGCGAAUCGGGCGAGGCCCAGGGCGCACCGUGGUACGAGACGCCACUUGAGUACCUCGCCGCCGCAGAGGCCAACGCCUACCCUACCCACAUUUCGCCAUCGCGCUCGCUUGCCGAAAUCGAUGACGUUGUGUACAACAUCCACCAUCCUGACAUUUAUGGUGGCGCACCGGACGUCGUCAUUGUCUCUAUCAUUCCGGAGUUCCAGAGGACAAAGGCCGAGGCGGCGUGGAGACCCAUCCCAGACGCUACCCUCGUCACCGUCACCCUCGCAAACCGCGGCGCGCCGCCGGCCUCACCGUCCGAUCCAUACACAGGCACACUCACCAUUGUCCACAACGACGUCGAGCUCACACAGACCGGAUUCUCGUUCUCUGCCGGCCACUACGCGCCGGGCUCACUCGAUGCCAUCCGCGUCUCGGUUCCGCUCAAGACUUCGGGCGUUGUCAUGGGCAAUCACAUUUACGCGAGCGUGGUGCUCGACGCGCCCGAGUACGACACCACGAACAACCACGAUGACGUGCUUCUCGAGUCGUUCUUCUACGUAGUCCCUGCGCACAUCUACAAGCACGAUCCACCACCAGACUUUGUUGUCGACUCGCUCGCGCUAGAUCCACCACAGCCUGCCGCCAACGAGCCGUUUGAUCUUUUGGUCACCAUCUCCAACGUCGGGAGCGGCAUCGGGCAGGCGUCACGGGCAUUCAUCUGGUCGUCGUUCGCGCAGGCACAGGUUGGCAACUUUGAGACUCCGCAUCUGCUCCCUGGAGUUACGACGACAGUGAGGACGCCGCAUCCACCAAUCCCGCGUGCAGGCAAGUUCUCACUGGCGGUCACGCUCGACGCGGUACUUGCGGUUCCAGAGGCCGACGAGACCAACAACGAGGCGUUUCUUCUCUCCUUUCCGAUCUCGCUGUCAUUUGCCCCGCUGAAGACAAGCGAGCCAUCGCGCGAGUCGACCGCGUCUGCGGCUUCGCGCGCCUCGUUCGACCACGCUGUCCUCGACUCGAACGCGCCCGACAUGAUUGCACUUUCGGCCUCGAUCGCGGCAUCGGGCGAGGUGCUCGAGCUGGCGAUUGCCACGAGAAGCGCCCUCCCGCUCUCCGUCGCAGAUCUCAUUGUUUUUCUCAACUCGGAUGACGACGCGAGUACCGGAUACCUCGCCGCUGGCUUUGACCGCAUGGUGCUCGAGGGCCUCAUGUAUCGCCAUGAUCCAGCCGCUGGCUCGGGUUGGGGCUGGAUUGCGGUCAGCGGCGCAACCGACGUCGAUACGGUCAGCAUUGCGUAUCACGACCACGCAGCGCGCAGCCUGUAUGUCUACACCACCCUGGUUCCCAAGCCAGCAGCCGGCGACGGCGUAAGCGACGCCAUUCCGUCGAGUGUCUCAGCCGGAGGACGUGGGCUGAGGAUCAGACUUACCGACGUAGACCAACCGCUGCAAACGGCUUGGGCCGCGUCGCAGCUUGCCGCCGAGUCGCUUGAUCGCAGCCGGGGUAUGUAUGUCGCCUUUGAUGAGACAUCGUCGUCGCUGGCUCUCCGACUGGACUCCGUGACCGCAGCUGGUGCCGCCAUCAACACAAGUAGCGACCUGGUGCUGUUGUUUGCCAAGCCCGGCGGCGAGCUGUCAGGUGGUGUAUUCUCUGGCCAGGCGUGGCGCUUUGUUGGUCGCAACGGCCCCGGCGCAACACAGCCAUCACCGCCUGUUGUGCGACCGGCUGUGGGCGUGGAUGCAGACGACGAGACACGGGCAUGGGCCCCAGUUUCAAGCUCAGAUCUGCAGCUGCGGGCGUCGGCGCUCGGUGGCGCAGCCGAGGCUGUACUGGGCCCAAUGGUGCUGGAUGCGUUUGGCUUCUCUGAACGCUUUAACUCUGAAGCACCAAUUCUGGUGCGCGGGGUGCUGGCGGCGAGUGUGGGCCACCAGGCUAGCGCCAGUCCCCACUGGCUGCCGGAGCCGCGCGUCGAGUUGGGCAUGUCAAGCUGGGCUGUGGUGCCCAACUGCGACGACGGGCGCGCCGGGCGCUGGAGGAUGGCAUCGAUUGCGGAAGCAGUUGCAGCCAGGCAUGAGGCGAUCGACUGCGGCGGGCCAUGCAAGUGGGCGUGCAUUCCUCAGGUAAUCGGGAAGACCGAGUGGCCAUUGGCGUACAGCACGCAUGCAAUGGCGAGCUACGACUUUGAGCGACAAGCCGGCCAAUCGGCUGAUGCAGAUGUGUUGAAAGCAAUUCUCGGUGCGAGCGCUGAUGCCUUUGUGGCCAGGCUUAUCCCGUCCGGCACGUCGCUGGACGUGCUCUCGUCGCCAGGCUCGUAUGGCACGAGCGUUGUGGUCUUUUUCGGCAGUGACAUGGUCGACGUAGGCUACCGCGUCCACGGAGUGCCAGGCCUCUCGGCCCACAUCAUGUUGAUGGACUCGGUCGGCUACGUGUACGACGAUGCAAACAGUGCCAAUGGAACAGCCUGGGCCUGGCUGCCGCUCGACGAAGGGUCAGAGACAAUUACGCGAGUCGUCGCGGUGCCUGGAGACAGCGGCGUCGAUUUCAUUGUCUCGCGCAAGGCUGUGACUCUGUGGCAUACGAUGACAGGCUCGCAUGCCCGGGAACUACGCGUUGUGGCGCAGGUAACAUCUGGUGGGGUGACCAAGAGCCUACCAGGCGAUGGCACGUACAUGGCGCUUGGUCUUGCGCCACCGCCGCCCUUGGCAGAUGUGGCUGUCGAUGGGAUCGGCGACGAGUGGGCCAGCGUCGCAGGUGUGCUGACGAUGGCCGACGGUUCCGACGAUGCAGUCGCGCCGAGUGGCAGCACUGGACAUGUCAUCGAUAAGGCGCACGACUUUCGAGCGCUUCAUGUUACCAGCGACUCGCGGUUUGUGUACAUGCUCGCCGAGAUGCAGGCAAGUGGUGACGCCUCGACAGACGUGGAUGUUGCACUCUACGUGGUACCAGAGUCUGGCGCAACACGCGGAUACGCCGUAGUAGAUGGCGUGUUUGCAGUAGCGAUGGUGCUCAACGGUGAGGCGUACAUGCUGGUGUUGUGA